UCGGGCAGGUUGAGAUCCUGGUCCAGUCAUGUUGGUGCCAUUAAGCGCUGCCUGGAAUUUUUAUGACCUCCGCACUCAUCCCGCACCUCCUUUCAUUGUGCUUGCAGGUCCACGAGCGCGAAAGCCCAAGAAGCCGGCGACGUCCAGUGCGGCGGCAGGUGGCGGGGGCGGGGGCGGCCUCGAGAAGGGGGAGGCCGCCGAUGGGGGCGGCGUGCCGGAGGACAAGAGGCCGCGAACGGCCUUCAGCGGAACGCAGUUGGCCAGACUGAAGCACGAGUUCAACGAGAAUCGCUAUCUGACGGAGAAGCGGCGCCAGCAGCUGAGCGGGGAACUGGGCCUGAACGAGGCCCAGAUCAAGAUCUGGUUCCAGAACAAGCGGGCCAAGCUGAAAAAGUCCAGCGGCACCAAGAAUCCGCUGGCGCUGCAGCUGAUGGCCCAGGGAUUGUACAACCACUCGACGAUACCGCUGACCCGCGAGGAGGAGGAGCUGCAGGAGCUGCAGGAGGCGGCCAGUGCCGCCGCCGCCGCCGCUGCCGCCAAGGAGCCCUGCUAGAAGGGGGCGUGGUGCGCGGCAAUAUCUACGAUCUAGUAUUUAAUGGAGUAGCGUGUAAGCUAGCUUAGAAAUUCGUAGCGAUUAAGUUGUACCAUAUUCUAGUCCGCCGCACACGCAGUCGAGCGCAGAAUCUGCGGAAGAAAUCUUCUGUGGAAGAAGGACCGCUGCGGCUAAGAAAUCUUCUGGAGAAGAUGGACCGCUGCGGCCAAGAAAUCGCCCGAGGAAACGAGCUGAAGUUGCGUGUGCGUUUUGUAUAAUAGAUGCAUAAAUUCACAA